GACCAAAUGUGUCUUUAACCCCAAAGUUCAGUGGCGGUUUCUAUAACCGGCCCUCAAACAAACGGCCGUUGCUUGCUAGUCCCCAAUCUAAGAACUCUUGAUAGUUGAAUACGUCCGUAUAACCGUCCACAUGCUUUCUUGUCACCGGUUGGCGGCCCUGGAAGGAAAUGACACUAACGAAUGACAAAUAGAGAGAGAGAGCCCUCACGCCAUUCCGACGGUAAAGAUCUAUAUAUAAAAGCCGAUUUCUCUGCCAAACCAGGAACACAGAGGAACUGAGCAACACAGGAUAGGACAAAGAUAAAAUUGAUGGCGUCGUGGAAUUCAUUUCCCCUGGAAAUCACUUACCAAACACUGGGCUGGCUCGCUUUCGUCUCAUGGUCCAUCAGUUUCUACCCACAGGUCAUCUUGAAUUUCCGCCGCAAGAGUGUGGUGGGGCUGAGCUUGGAUUUCCUGCUGUUGAAUUUGACCAAGCACUCUUCCUAUUUGAUAUACAACACUGUGCUCUACUUCAGCCCUGCUGCCCAGCAGCAGUACUUCGAGAAGUAUGGCCAUGAACAGAUGAUACCAGUUGCUGCGAAUGAUGUUGCUUUCUCCAUACACGCCGUUGUAUUGACUGCAAUCACGCUGUUCCAAGUCUUCAUCUAUGAACGAGGAACUCAGACAAUCUCCAAGAUCUCGAUAGGAAUAGUCAGUGUAGUAUGGCUAUUCGCUGCAGUCUGUGUCUUCGUUGCUUUACCUAGCCAUUCUUGGCUAUGGCUCAUCUCCAUCUUUAACUUCAUUCAAGUCUCCAUGACGGUGAUCAAGUAUAUCCCACAGGCAGUAAUGAACUUCAUGAGGAAAAGCACUGAGGGGUUCAGCAUCGGCAACAUUCUGCUUGAUUUCACCGGUGGUGUUGCCAAUUACGGACAAAUGGCUACACAAUCGAUCGACCAAAAUUCUUGGGUGAACUUUUAUGGCAACAUAGGGAAGACAUUGCUCUCUUUGGUUUCAAUUUUCUUCGACAUUUUGUUCAUGGUCCAACAUUAUAUUCUUUAUCGACCGAAGAAAACGAGUGGUAUCAAUGGGAAGGCGACGGACAAAGGGAACAACGAUCCACUUAUCGAUUCUUCUGAUGAUCAUCAGCCACAAGCUUCAAAUGUUUGAGUCUUGGACUUCUAAGUUUUUAAGUAAAGGGGUGUCAAAUCUUGUAAGUAAAGCAUUGGGAAAUAAUAUGAAAUCCAACUUGUUUCAGCUUUGGUUUUAGUAGUUUUUGUGAAGGUGGUUGGCUGAUAACCUCCCAAAUUUUAAUUGAAGUUUACAUAUAGCACAAUCUCACAUUAUAAAAUCGCUAUACUCAUCAAAUCUUGAUCUGAC